UUAGCAGACAGCUUUUCAUGAAUUUUGAUAUUUCGCUGAAUUAGUCUACGUUUACUAUAAAUUGGUGUGAUUUCCUUUUAUAUAACUCAAAUAUAGGCAGACGAACAUAACAUUUAAAUGAUAUCAUUUAUACAUCAAAGGUUAUUUGGUGUGGUUUGAUCAAUGAUUAAACUUUUAGUUGGGCGAAAAGACAAGUCGAACUCGAAAUGCUUCGUGAUGGAUGAACGAUGUGGCCGUGGGUGUGGCACGCCUACCCAUGCGAUGUAACGUUACCGCACUGUCACACAGGAAGUUUUACUGUGGGGGCUAAAGUCCUUAAGAAGAUUUGGGGCCGAAGGCUCCUUAAAAGGACGGGACUUCGUCCCUGGAAUAAGAGGCUUUCGGCUCCCAAUCCAGGGGGCGUUAGUUUUGCUCUCCACAUUACAACUUCCUGUGAAAGUGUGACUGUCCUCGCACUCACACACACAGACACUCACAGACGUGACACUUUUGACAGACCAUCCUUUUGCAGAGUGCAUCCCGCUGGCUUGGCUCUAAAUGGAUAAUUCGAGGAUGGAUGAGCACAUGUUUUAACCACACCCAUGCGACAGGCCACUGAAGCUUUGUGCAUUGUGUAAUGCAGAAUCCUAAAAAACCUGUAACAAAACGAAGUUCACAGAUUCCAUUCUUUCUCAUUUUUUUGCAGGUAGCGCCUAUUGACCGCUUGGCCAGCCUAUACCUACUGGUUGAGUAAACGAGUUGGUUCAUUUUGGUAUUUGAAGAGGCACAUCAUAACUCCUGAUGGAUACCCUAGAGGAAAGCGGUAAAAUUCUUCAGUUACAACUUUUCUCACAAUAAUCAUGAAGACUGUCUAGGUUUUUUCUGCUGCCUGUGAUCUGGUGUAGAUAAUCUCAUUAUUUUCAUGAAUUCCAUUUCACUUCAGGUACCCUGGAGGCAGAUGAGACCACAACAAAAGAUGUACUUCCUAUCUUGUUACCACUUGGAACUUGCCUUCUGUGAGCUUUAGUGACAUAAGCAUGAGCCUUGCUGCUGAGAAUGAGGCAAGUGAUAGAGUGGAACCAUCAGGAGACGACCUCAAGAUAUCUCUGGAAGAACAAGGUGGAACAGCUAUGGCUUUUUCCUCAGGAGUGGCUAAUGAUGUGCCUUAUGGACAUUCUAAAGCUUUCAUUGGAGAAAUAGUGGAGACGAUUCAAUGUCCUGGUGGCAAUCCACAGACAGAACCAAGUUUAGAACAGCUGGCACCUGGGAAAAGUUGCUUGAAAAGAUUGACAGACGCUGGCUGUGGUUUUCCAACAGGUUGUGGAGACCAUGGUGUGCAUUUCCCAUCAGAGUCUCAGCUUGAGGAAUGCCAUACUUAUUCAUGUGCAGACAGUGAGACGUCUCAGAAUACCAUUGACAUAGAAGACAUCAUGAAUUUGGAGACCGAGGACACUUAUGUUUCCCGAAGUGCCCCUCCGUCUUUGAGGAGUCUAAUAUAUCAAUGUUUCGGUGACAAGGCAGGAUAUGUGUCUUGUCAUUCACAAGACUCAGAUACUUCCAGCAGCUGUGACAAUUUGAGCAAAUACAGGGAGAUAGGGGACCGGUGCCUUCCUGAAAAUAACAGAGAAGAUGUUCCCCUUCUUACUGAGGGUGUGCCGAAUGUGGAAGAGAGAGGACGUGAAGAGAGUUCAGGAAUGUUAGAAAUAAUUGGUGUCAAAAGCAUGUUUGGAAGUAUGAAUGGUGAACUGGUAAAGGACUCCAUCCCUGAUAGGCAAAGGCUCAGUGAUAGGCAAAGGCUCAGUGAGGAUGGCCACAGAUUUGAUACAGAUAAAAACACCAUCUUGGGGGAGGUGGAAAGUUUGUUGCAGGAACUAGUAGGAACCAUUACUAUAGGGGAGCACGUUGACAGUAAUGGUUGCAGCGAUGAGGUUGGUAUUAAUGAAGGAACAGACAUGGAAAGGAAAGAUAGUGAAGACAACAGUCUCUCUGACAAAGACAAUAGUUUCGAAUACAGGGACAUCAGUGUUGAAAGCAGAAACAGUGGUUUUCAAAGUGAGGACAGUGCUGUUGAAAGCAAUUACAGUUGUGUUGAGAGUGAUGAUAAUGAUGUUGAAAGCAAGCAUAUUCAAAUUGAAAGCAAAUGUCUUGAUUUUGAAAGCAAGGACAGACACUUUGAAAAUAAGGACAGCGAUGACAAUAAUUGUCCUCAUAGGAUGGAUGUGUCUGUGGAAGGCAAAGACACUGACAUUGACAGUAAAGAUGGGAGUUCGAUGAAUGAGACCAUUGCUGGACCUGUCUCAAGAACUCUGACAGUCCCAACUGGAAAUGAGAAGACAAAUGCCACAUCACUUGAUUCUAAUACGGUGAUAUCCCAUCGGAGUCGAAGUGUGUCCCAAGUUGAGACAACUCCAGAUGUGGUGCAAUCUUCAACACCAAGGCUUUUUCAGCGACAGGAUGACUCUCAUGAGAUUUCAUACAGUCCACUCUCCCAAGGGAGCGAUGCUGUGAGUUUGUUCGAUUCGGAAUCUGAGGAUAGAAUCGUUGAAGCUGAGUUGAAGGGCCAAUUCAUGAUUGUUCCAAGUGGAGGCGAUACCAAUAAUUCAGCCGUGGACAGGUCUGAACAUGUUAUUCAGACAUCAAGUCAUGCAGAUAAGGAACACCAGAACAACAAUCUUGAUGUCAAUGUGGACAGUUCAGAAGUGGACAACAGGUAUGACCAUGGGAGGAGUGCGAUUGACUAUCCUGAUUGCAUGCCAGUGUCUCAAACAAAUGCAGUCCUUAGUGGUCUUAAACAGGAAUCAGUGGCUGUCCAGUUGCCCAGCACUUCUGACGCAAAAUGCCACAUCGUGGAUGAAGAUGACCAUGAAAUUGGUGAUAAGGAGGUUCGAUAUCCAGGUUUCAUUCCAGCAUCUCAAGCCAGUUCUAUCCUUGGCGAUCUCGUUCUUAGUCAGGAGUUGGAUUCUGAUCAGGUCUCUGGAAUUUGUUGUGGAAAAAGCAAGGCAGAAGAUGAGACUGAGAGCCUUAUUAUGAAGGAGGAAGGUGUGAGGAUUUCUAGGGAUGAUUCUAGUGAUAGGGCCAGUGGUGCAAGGAAAAGGCUGCAUGACUUGCAUGGCGAACCAGGAGACGACAAAGAUACGACUGAUGUGCCUCCUGAGAAACGUCUCAAAAACGACCCUCGAAUUGAGAUGAAGAGCAACAGCAGCCAGAAGAGGCAAGGUGACCGUGUCGUGACCUGUUCUCCACAGAAAGUUCCAAAAGUUGAGGCUCAUUCCGUGGUUCCAGAUCAAGAGGUUCCUGGUGAUGAUUUGGAUGUGAUGGUGGAGAAGACAUUGUUUGAAGAUCAAGAUAAAAAAUUCUACUCCUGCGACAUGGACAUCUUGGAUGAAAAAGACUCUCCGCUGUGUCAGACAGUCAAUGACUUUGUCCGGAAGCCAAACCUGCAUCAGCUCGAAUCCACAAAUUCAAUAAAAGCCGAUAUCAUGAGAGAUGUCCCUCCUACUGCAAAAAGUGUGUUCACUUGGAAGCAGUCUGCGGUUCAUUAUACCACAUAUUCGGAAAGCAAUACCGGUAGUCGUAAUGUUAGCACAGGUGAUUGUGAAACUGCAUUGGCUGUCCUUCCCCUUCGCACUGCAAGAGGACCUCUGAGACUCGGGCUGUCCAAGAGACAGUCAGUCAGGCCGUUACAUUCGAAUGUCAAACGAUGAAAAAGGUUACUUACCAUGCCUCUUCCGAUCAUUGCAUUGUGUUGUCAUACUGUGAAAGUGCUUGCUAAUGUGACUUCAUGAGAGGCUAAACCUAUCAGUGAGAGAAUCCAACUGUGAAAUAGGUUGCUAAUGUCCUCUUUGCUCAGUGUUCACUGCGCCGGUGGACCUCGGAGACAAUCUGACCAGCCACAAUCUGAUAGGGCCAUUGCAUAAUGCAGUAUAAUAAAGCAAUUAUAUAUUUAGAUGCUAUUUCAAGUCUUAGGUGUGUAAUGGCAGUUGAAUUAACUUUUAAUAGGGGCAGUCUGGCAUUUGCAGUGCAGUUGAAUUCUAAGAAAAUUUUCUGGUCUACGAAUAAUUUCGAUCAGCUUUUUAGCUGACUUGAAGUGAUCAAAUUUCAACAAUGUUGUUUUUAUCAUCAACGUUUUGUUAGAGUUAACCUUGAAAACCUUUGAUAAUGUAUAGUAGUUGCCAAACUUGUUAAAGAUUUUACAAUAUAUGAUUUGUUGUUGUUGCCAUUUUGUGAUUGUUGAA